AUGUUCUACGACCUCAAUUUACCAUGGCCGCAACCACUAGCCUCGUCGUCAUCCUCCGCCGGCGCUUCAUCGCAAACCCCGUCGUCCAAGAAGAAAGUGAAGCAGCAGCAAGCAUUGCAACAAUCUUCCGCUUCGUCAUCAGCAGCGGCGACACCAGAGCCUCCAGCAACGCCGCUGUCCGCUCUCCGCGAGAGCGAUGCCGCCUCACUAGCGCAGGUGGCGCUCGAGCUCAAUGAAUUGCGCUACUCGCACGUCGCUUUCAACCACAUCGUCCAUUCUAGAUAUGAUCCUGCCAUCCAUCCAAACGCGCUCGCAGCCUUUCGAGACGGCCGACCCAAUCCACCUUUCCCAGAACUCGAUCCACGCACAAGAGCAAAAGGCAAAGCGAAGGCCACCGCGCUCGACAACUCGACAGGACUCACGCAGCUCAGCCGACUGACACUCGUGCUCGACGACCAAUCUAUGGGCAAAUCCGGCAGCGGCUGGGUGACCAACAAUGCUACCGCUCUUCAAAGCUACGACCUGCUCGCUGUCAGACCUACCAACGAAGCCGCAUUCCAACACGCCUGCUUGACACUAUCCGAACUCAAGCCGUUCAGCAUCGACAUCAUCUCGCUCGACUUUGGUGCUCAGCCUCGACUCCCAUUCUUCCUCAAACGAUCUACGGUCAACGCAGCACUCGAGAACGGCGUCCAAUUCGAGAUCAGCUACGGUCAAGCUGUGUCGGAUGACGGCACGAAAGCGAGGCGCAAUCUCAUCAGCGGCGCAAGGGAUCUACUCCGAGUGACCAAUGGCAAAGGCGUCUUCUUCUCCUCCGGUGCGACAGACGCAUUGUCACUACGAGCGCCGUACGACGUGAUCAAUCUCGGAGCCAUCUUUGGCCUCAACCCGUCUGCUGCCAGGGAUGCCAUCUCGAACAACUGCAGGAGCUUGAUACUGCGCUCGCAGACACGCAAGACGUACAGAGGAGUCGUGUCGCAUCCAGUCGUCGUGCUACCAUCUCCUACAGCUCACAGCAACGCAUCCUCCAGUCAGCCCUCCGGACGCAGCGAUGAAGCUGCCGACAAAAAGCGCAAGCUUCUGCCAAGCGACCACCAGCCUCCUCUCUCAACCUCGACCACGACAAAGGCUGGGCAGCCAAAGAUCAAAAAGCAACGGACAUAG